GUCAGCAGCAACAGCAAUUCUGACUUGGACAAUGAUGUACUAACGUGGCCAAAAUGGCCAAAAUGAGAAACAUUCCGCUGAGGGCAGCCCUUCUGCUGCUCCUCGGCAUGGCCAUGCAUCUACACCCCUCGGUCGCCUCGUCCGCGUUCGCUUCCGGCACGGCCUGGCAGCGCACCCUCUUCGGUCGCGAUUCGACUCGCAAUUUGAUGCGGCGCAGCCCCCCCUCCGUGCUGGGGGCAGGAGAUGGCAGUACCGCCUACGAUGGAGGCCCCAUGGGAGGUUACAAGGAAUACAAGCACAUCUAUGGCCCCUAUCCCAACGAGCAGGAGCCGCGGGAGGCGCAUCCCCAACAGCUACGCCAGCAGACCGAGGUCUAUGGGAUUGUGGAGCCGCUGAUUGAGGACACACCCUGCGCCGACCGCCCCUGCCUGGUCAGCGAGGACUGCUGCCCCACCGGGGUCUGCGUCAACACCAAUGGCGAGGGCAAAUGUGUCUAUGUGUUUGGCCACCAGCGCGACAUAUGCCAGCGCCACGGGGACUGUGUCGCGGGCAGCGUCUGUAUGCUGGUCGCCGAAGAGGGCGUCUGGCGGUGCGAGAUCGAGUCGGAGUCCAGCGCUGCUCCGUCGCUUCUGGAGGAGAUGAUCGGGGUGAGGCGGAAGCAGCCGCUAGGCAGUGAUUGCAAUAGCAGCAGCGAUUGCCAGAUGGUCAACGGGAUGUGCUGCCAGCAGCAGCGACUGAAUCAUCGGGCUAGCAUCAAGCGGAUCUGCGGCUACUUCCGCGACGCCUUCGACUGUGUGGACAUGGUUGGAGCAGAGCACCCGCAGCAUCGUCGCUAUUAAAGAUAUCCGGCAGCUGGAAGUGAAGGUGCAGGCGCACAGGCACGGCAUGGAAAUAUGAAUUCAAAUGACGAAGAAGACCCAGCUAAAUGACGGAAAACACAACUACCGGCACGAGUAUAUGAUGGAUAUACAAUACACAAAGAAGUACCUAUAUAUAUACAUUACUGAAACAUAUCAAAUUUUUAAACAAAUACAUAUACUAUAAUUCUGCAAGUUUGCGUAGUUUAGAGCAAAAUUUCUGCGUAUAUGUAUACAUAUAAUAAUGAAUACUUAUUUCCUUCGGUCACUUUGAAACUCGGGAACCAUAAUCCAGUUACUCGAAAUGAUUUUAGAAAUCUAAAUGUGUUUUUCGUAGACUCUCCAAAAUAUACUGACUGAGGCAUUCAAUGUUAUUAACCGCAAAAUUAUUGCAAUACAAGUUUACAAUAUUUAACCAGCAAUUAAUUAUUAAAUCGUUUCAAGUCUAAAUGUAAAUUGAACACAAUAAAUGAAUAACCGCAAAGU